ACUCGAGGAGAGCGUCUUCCUCCGGCUGAGAUGGCGGCCUCCUUGGUCUUGGUUUUACUGAUCGCUGUCACGGUUCGGGCAGUGUUAUUCAGGUCAAGCCUGGCUGAAAUCAUCGCUGAGAGAGUGGAAGUCGUGUCUCCCUUAAAUGGCUGGAAGAGAGUUGUUGAGGGACUGGCUCUGCUUGACCUGGGUGUAUCACCAUAUUCUGGAGAUGUCUUUCAUGAGACACCCCUGGUGAUUUACCUGUUUCACUUUGUCAUUGACUAUUCUGAAAUUGUCUUCAUGAUAGCAGAUGCCAUAACUGCGGUUGCUCUGUACUUGGCUGUGCAAGAUUAUAACAAAAUUGUGUUCAGAAAACAGAAGUACACCCUUGAAGCUGGCCGCUACCCCCUUGAUGUUGUUGAGCUCCUCAGGACUCCCAAAGAGAUGAUGUACAUCCCAAUAAAGGUGGCAGUGUUUUAUUUACUGAACCCUUUUACAGUUCUCUCCUGCGUGGCCAAAUCCACCUGUGGCCUCAACAAUGCCAUCACUGCACUUUUCAUAUUAUGCACAAUAAAAGGUAGUGCCUUACUGAGUGCCAUCUUCCUUGCCUUGGCUACGUACCAGUCCUUGUACCCUUUCACCCUCUUUGCCCCAGCACUGCUUUAUCAGUUACAGAGGCAGUUCAUACCUAUCAGCAUUCACAGCCCAAGGUUUUGGAUCUUCACUUCUCAAUAUGGUUCAAUGUACCUGGGCAGCCUAGUAGUGAUCACCUGCCUUUCAUUCUUCCUCCUCAGCUCUUGGGACUUCGUUACCUCUGUCUAUGGAUUUAUCCUCUCAGUCCCAGACCUGACACCCAAUAUUGGUCUUUUUUGGUAUUUCUUUGCUGAGAUGUUUGAACAUUUCAGACCCUUUUUCAUCUGCGUAUUUCAGAUUAACGUUGUCUUCUACACCAUCCCUCUGUCUGUCAAGCUGAAAGAGCAUCCCAUCUUUCUGAUGUUCAUGCAGAUAGCAGUCAUUUCCAUCUUUAAGUCUUAUCCGACAGUAGGUGACAUAUCCCUCUACAUGGCUUUCCUCCCUUUGUGGCACCACCUCUACAGAUUCUUGCGUAACAUCUUCCUAGUUUCCAUCGUGCUGAUUGCCUGUUCAGUGUUAUUUCCAGUCCUCUGGCAUCUGUGGAUCUACGCUGGAAGCGCCAACUCCAAUUUUUAUUACGCUAUAACACUGGCCUUCAAUGUUGGGCAGAUUUUGCUAGUCUCUGAUUAUUUUUAUGCUUACCUGCGACGUGAACAUCAUCUCAUUCAUGGACUAUACCUCAAGAAAAAGGAUGGCACAGAAGAGACACUGAUUUUAAAAUAAGGACUUUUUUUUUUUUUUUUUUAACUGUCAAGUGUACUCACUAACUUGAAAAUUAAACAUUUUUAUCGGUGA